CAACAACCACUAUCAACUUUUCCAUUAAAACUAAGAAAACCACACUUGGAGAUGAUUGGGUAAAAUUCUGUUCCUGUAGACUGGGCUCCAGACAUGGUGGAGUAACUGGAUUGGCAAGUUCUUCAUAAGAAGAUUUCCCCUUUGCCUUCAAACCCUCUCUUCUUAUAUAGACCAUGGACAGAAAAACCUCUCUUCUCUGCAAGCUUAUGCUAUCCUUAGUAAUGGUUUUUUAUUAUCAUGGCUGCUAACAGCCGCCCACUUCAAACUCCUUCCCAUCAGGAUACGCUAAACUCCAUUUACCAUGAUUCCUUGACUGUCAACAACCAUCCUCUGUCUAAGAGCUCCUCCAGUCUAGCAUGCAUUGGGCAACUGAGUUCUGAAGAAAGACAGAGCAACAAACAAGAUCUCAAGAAGAGUCUCAGUAGUACAGUCUGCCAAGUGCUGGCAGGUGAGAAUGAUGCCAGAAAUGCCCUUAGUCCUGAAUUGUCUGCCCUGCAAUCUGGAGCAGUUGAAAGUGCAUCUGCAGCCAGAACAGUGAGUGAUCAGUCACCUGCUAACAAUGCACAGAAUAGAACCCAAACUGCAAAUCAUUUGCUGGCUGACCAGACCCCACACCCUUGGGAGGGGAAGGAUACUGUGAUGCAUGUCAAAAGUAGCACUAUUGAAAAUGUUCCUACAGUCUGUGGUGCAUGCCAGCAAAGUGCGAAUAGAGUAGGAAAACUAGGAAUUGCAGUUCAAAGAAGUCAUUCCGACCUAGUAUGCAGCUGCAAGCAGCAGGGUUCUGUCACAGAACGGUUAGUGGAUAACUCAUCUUUACAGAGUUCAAGAUAUGGAUUCGGAACAUAUGAAAAUACUUAUCAAAACUGUAUGGUUCUGAUUCCAGCUUUGCAUAGAGACCACAAGGUACCCACAAACAACUUUGAAAGUGGUGGUGUUCCACAAAACAGUACAGUUUAUACAGAUCCUGGAACAUUUCACAAUACUGGUUUAGGACCACACAUGCCUGGGAAUGGUUUCACAAACAGGACAAUGCAUAAUGAAUCAACUGGGAUUAUCCAGGGUGGUAUAAUUUGCAGUAAUGUUUCAAGCAGUAUGUACUCCCCCAUGAUAAAGACAAUUCACAAUAGUACUGCAGUGCCCUGUAACACAAGACAUGAGUCUGUCAUAAAGGUAGAUGCUACUGUUCCUGCUUAUUGUCAUUCUUUACCAAUAUCAUCUAUUCAACUUGUUCCAAGAUUGGUAUGCUCAAUUAGUGAGUCAGGAAAAGAACAGGUAACUCCUGGAUUUUGUCAUUCAUUUUUUACUUCAGAAGCAACAACUUUUCCUAAACUGGUGUCAUCAGUUAGUGAAUCAGGCCUGGAUGCAAAAAGAAUUCUGAAAUGCUGUCAUGUUCCUAGGGAGCAACUGCCAGACACCCAGCACUGCGCUCAAGAGAGCACAACAGAACAGGAGAUGCAGGCUGCUUACCUCCUCUUGAAUAACCCGCAGUGUGCAGACAUGAUGAAGACUAAAGACACAUGGACUAUGACCUCUAUGAAUGACUUAACCAAAGCACUGAAACCUCUUCUUGAGUGUAAAGAUGCAGAAGUGCAAACCAUUUCAACAAUAGAAUACAAAUCUGUGGCCACAAGUCCAUCUGUUGUGAUACAAGACCACCCUCAUGUGUUUCCAGAGGUUAAUCUUGAACCAGAUCUAGAGGAUGCAAAAUCUCCAGUUCGUGAAGUCAGAUGGGAUGAUGAAGGGAUGACAUGGGAAGUAUAUGGGGCAGCUGUGGACCCAGAAGUCCUUGGAUUGGCUAUUCAAAAGCAUCUUGAGAUUCAAAUAGAACAAUUCCAGACAAACACAAUACAGCUGUCUAGGAAAGGUACUGAGGAGCCUUCGGAUAAGGAUCCAUCGCAUAUUACUAAAGGGGAGAAGAAACGGCCAUUUAGAACAAUGAUGCACUCUCUGAGAAAUCCAAGCUGUUGUACCCGUUCCAGUACUGCAGUGGAAUGAAGAUAGCUGCUUGACUGCAGCUUUUAUUUCAAAUUGUAAAGAAACACUGCCUCUUAAGAAUUAACACAAAUGGUUGAACUGUCUGCACUACUAUAAUGAGUUUGGAUACUGAGCUGAUGUGAAAUAGAACUCAGUAAGAAAGAAACCAGAGGAGCUGGGGAUGUUGAGUUAUGUACAUCACCACCUACAAGCUCUUUACUUUUUUAUUUAAAACAGCACUGCUCUGUUCUUGUGUACGAGAUUUAAUAACAUUAUAAGGAAUGAUAGACUUUUAUUCCUAAAUGACUGUUCUUUCUAAGUUCUUAUUGUUGUAUGUCUAUAUACACAAACUAGGAUUACACAAAUAGAAUAAAACACUUGAAUUCUUUAGUAAAAAAUUCUUAACCCUAAGACCUAUUGCAAUGAAAUUGUUAUGGGAAAUAGUAUACUAUUUUAAGCUAUAAUUGAAUUGCAUUUUAGAUGUUAUCAUAGUGUAAAUGCCAAUUAGUAAUACCUAAAAUAGAAAACUAAAGUUUAAUUGCCAUAUAGUUAACGAGUGACAAUGAUCUGUUAGAUGAAUAAGAAAAGUAGCUUCAGUCUAUAAACUGGAUAUGUUACAGACCAAUGUAUAGUUAGAGGGCUACUGCAAGAGGACUACUGCAAUAGCACUUACAUUAGACUGUAAUUAUAGUGAAUUAAACUUUAAGUAUUCAAAAGAAUUAGUGCUUACACUGUAACUAAGGCACAAGUAUACAGUUACCAAAGGUACCUAAUUACUCAUGCAAUCUGGCAUAUUUUUUGUAUAAUUGUAUUUUAAACACAGGAAGCAAACUUGUAUCUUGGAUUAUGCUGUCAUACUUUGUGUCUAUAUUACAACUGAUAUGGAGCUGAUUUGGUGUUUCUUACAUUAAAUGUAGU